AAAAAACAUUCAUUUUUACUAUGUUAUGAUCAUAAAAUCCUUGUGACCAAAGAUCGUCCCCGACGCUGAGUUAUUCAAUUUUAUCAAGGAAACUCCUAAGCACGCUUCAUUCUGCCGCAUCGACCAGUAGUCACUAUUUAAAAUAUAGGAACUCGCUAAAAAUCCCGACUCUCGGCAUCGACAGUUAUCAAGUAAACAACGCGUUUAAAUAAAUGGAUUCGUUUCAUUCAGUUUAAUUCGCGCUUCUUAUACAACUGUGAUACACGUUAUCUAAUCGUGCGGCGUCAUUAAAAAAGCAGACAACUAUAUAUAAUACAUAAACACAAACUUCUACAGUCUGAGUUAAAGUUUGUCAGUUGUAUUGCAAAAAUGGUGAAAGCAAAAGUGUGGAAUUAUAUGAAACCCUUCGAGGGAUGGCCCAAAAGGACCGACGUCGAACUAGUGGAAGAAGAAAUGAGGCCCAUUGAAGACGGAGAAUUUCUCGCACAAGCCAUGUUUCUCAGUGUAGAUCCAUUCAUGCGAGGUUUAUCAGAGAAAUUUACAAUUGGAGAACCUAUUUGGGGAACUCAAGUAGCCAAGAUUGUUGAAAGUAAAAAUGAAGAAUUUCCAGUCGGUAAAUUAGUGGUUUUAAGAGCAGGCUGGAGGACAUACAGCAUCUCCAAUGGUAAAAAAGAACCACCAACUCUACCAGAACCGUAUCUACUUCCAGACAUCGGAGAUCUCUGUCCAUCCGUAGCUCUAGGAGUACUCGGUAUGCCAGGAAACACAGCGUAUUUCUUGUUCUUGGAGCUCUGUCAACCCAAAGAAGGCGACACAGUUGUGGUGACAGCAGCAGCAGGAGCAAUUGGAAGUAUUGUAGGACAGAUCGGGAAAAUUUAUGGAUGCAAUGUGAUAGGUAUAGCAGGGUCUAAUGAAAAAGGAGAGUGGUUGGUUAAGGAAUUGGGAUUCGACCAUUUUAUUAACUAUAAGGUGGAUGAUAUCGAUGCCAAACUGAAGAAACUUGCUCCGCAAGGUGUAGAUUGCUUCUUCGAUAGUGUGGGAGGAAAGACAGCUGAAAUUAUAUACAGUCAUAUGAAUAACAACGGAAGAGUCGCACAGAAUGGCAGCAUCUCCAAUUACAACAAGGAAAAACCUGAUUAUUCUCUUUCCUUGUCAAUUCAAAAAGCGAUCCAAGAGAAAAAUUUGUCAGCCAAAACCUUGGGUGUCUAUUGUCGCUCGAAGGACUGGAUGACAGGAAUAAACCAACUACAUACGUGGGUGAACGAAGGCAAAAUCAAGUAUAAGGAAUCGAUAGUCGAUGGGAUCGAAAAUAUGUUUGAUCUCUUUGUCGAUAUGUUGAAGGGUAAAACUACCGGAAAAGCGGUUAUAAGAGCAUAAUAAAAUAACUACACAAAGUGAUCGCAACAAACCGACAAGUACCUUUUAAAUAACUUAUUUUUUAAGUUUUAGAUAUAAGCUUUUGGCAGUUUAUUUAUUGUAUUUAUGUUAAGUUUAAAGCAGAGCAUUUUUAUGCUCAUUAACCAGUUUAAAAAGUGAUAUAAUUGUUAAUGAUACAAACUUGAUGUUAAAGUAUCGCGCUGCUUUUGUAUCUCAUCAGUAUUAUUAAAUUAAUAUUUCUAAAUUGUCGUUUGACAAAACUUAUUCAAUUAAUAAAAUAUGUUACUAA